UGCUGGUCUUGGCAUCGGAUACAUCCCGCUCUCUUUCUGCCGUUCUUCCCCGCCUAAAUUGCUAGCUCCAUCGAUGAUCGUAAGCUCAUCAGCAUCAGAGCGACCAGACGACGACGAGACAGUGAAAGUUGGCCAAUCUCGCCCGGGAGAAAGCGCAAACUCAAUCUCACAAUGGGUUGGUUCGACGGGUGGUUCGGCUCCGACAACAGCGGCUCCGACCCGCUGAAGCGGCUGGACCCGAAGCUGCGCGAGUUCCUCGAGAAAGAGUCGCCUGUCAAGUAUAGCAACACCCCUGCGCAGCAGCCAACACAACCGCAGUCGCAACCAUCGCCACAGCCGCAACAACAACAACAACAACAACAACAUCAACAACAAGCCCCGCAGUCCUCAUCCGAUACCCAACAACAACAACAACAAAAUGCCACCCCUCCCGCCGUCCCGCCCGAAUCGCUCUUUCAAGACGGCCGCUACGCGCACCUGUGGAAGACGUACCGCCCGCUGGCGGCCAUCGAGGCCGAGACCAAGUCGGACAGUGAGAAGCUGUCGGACGUGCUGGACGCGUACAAGGAGCGGCGGGCGCAGAUCGGGCGCGCGGCGCUGGAGAACUGCGCCGAGGAGCAGUUCACGUGGGCGACGUGCAUGAAGAGCGGCAGCUGGACGGCGCGCAUGACGCUGUGCCGCGACGAGGUGCAUCGGUUCGAGCGCUGCUACAGCGCGCAGAGCCGGCUCCUCAAGGCGCUGGGCUACCUGAGCGUGCACGGGCGGGACGCGCGCGUCGACGAGGACAUCCAGAUGCGCGCCGACGAGCUGUACCACCGCAUGCUGGACCAGGAGCGGGAGAUUGAGAGGGCCAAGGCCGAGGGGCGGGCGGCGCCGGCCUUUAAGCCGCUUUUGGAGGAUCAGAAGCCGGUGGUGCCCGCCGCUGCUGCUGCUGCUGCGCCGGCGAUCGUGGAUGCGGCAGAGCCGAGCGCUACGACGGUCGCUGCGUGGAAGGAGAAGCUAGAGAAGUUGCCGCCGGAGGAGCGGGAGGCGGAGGAGAAGGCGCUGAGGGCGGAACAUCGGGCGAACGCGGAGAUGGCGGCUAGGAUUCAGGGCUUGUGGCAGGAGCAGGCCAAGGAAAGGGAAGCGCGCAAGGCGGCAGGGAAGGAAACCAUCAUGGACAAGUUUUCGGCCAUGGUUGGGACGUGGACGGGGCCGAAGUCGAGUUGAUGCGCCCUCAAGAGACAUGCUGUACGGAGCUCUCAUUGUACAAAAGUUCCCUUCAUCUUGUGUCGUGGAUAUGUAAUCAUCGAAUGGUCUCAUCAAGUCAUUGCUGCGGCAUGCCGUCUCUGAGAGGGCUACCUGCGCUCUAAUACAGCCGCUGUCCGCUCAAGGAAGGCGUUGAACUCCUUGAUCUGUUUCAAAGCCCCGCCUCCAUCACUCCUGGUACACGCUUGAU